GAUUACGUAAUACCGCGGCGGCUGAGGCUGUCCCGCUGGCUGGUGCGUACGGGGCACGAGACUCCCGCUGCGGCGAGCUCGGCCCCCCCCGAGCCCGCGACCCCCGGCCUUCCCCCAGCUGCAGCCCGGCCGCCGCCUGAUCAUGGACUCGGCCGGCCAAGAUAUCAGCCUGAAUUCUCCUAACAAAGGUCUGCUGUCUGAUUCCAUGACGGAUGUCCCUGUCGACAUAGCGGUGGCUGCCCAGACUCCUGCUGUGGAGGGUCUGUCGGAGGCUGAGGAGGAGGAGCUCAGGGCUGAGCUUGCAAAGGUGGAAGAGGAAAUUGUCACUCUGCGCCAGGUCCUGGCAGCGAAGGAGAGACACUGUGGAGAGCUGAAAAGGAAGCUGGGCCUCUCUGCCUUGGAGGGCUUGAAGCAGAACCUGUCCAAGAGCUGGCAUGAUGUGCAGGUCUCUAACGCCUAUGUGAAAACUUCUGAGAAACUUGGAGAGUGGAAUGAGAAAGUGACCCAGUCGGACCUCUACAAGAAGACUCAGGAAACUCUCUCUCAGGCGGGACAGAAGACUUCAGCUGCCCUGUCCACCAUGGGCUCUGCCAUCAGCAGGAAGCUAGGAGACAUGAGGAACUCUGCAACCUUCAAGUCAUUUGAAGACCGAGUUGGGACCAUAAAGUCUAAGGUUGUGGGUGGCCGAGAGAAUGGCAGUGACAACCUUCCCUCCCCAACUGGGAGUGGCGACAAGCCCCUGCCUGACCACACGCCUUUCUAAGCCCGUAGCAGCUUUGCCCGGCCACGGAACACGUGCAAGCACACCCUCAUCGCCACAACCGCACCUCUGCCAACGGAGCAGCCAGCCAGGCCGUAGGCAAGCGCGCAGAGCCGGUUUUGAAGACAGUCAUGCCAUCCACAUGUAGACGUGGCCGCUGCGUUCACAUGAGUUAGAGAACACGGUCUUGCACACAGAUGCUUUACACUAAAGUUGAUAGAUGCAACAGAUCACUGUGCCAUCCUUCCCAGGGUGUGGGAAGUGGACAGGGCGGCGGGUCCCACGGCAUCUUGAGCCAAAGCCCAAGCUCCCUUUGGGAACCGUCUUAGUUCGUCAGAAUGUUGAAAGAAUGGGAAGAGUGAUGAGUACAAAAUAAGUGGUAUUUCCUAAACUUCUCCUUUCCUAAGUUAUAGAAGGAAGAGUCAUCCAGAAAGCCCUGCCUAAUCUGCAGUUUUUAUUUCAAAAUACUAAAGAAGAAAACUGUCCAUUUUCUGAGACCCUCCAGGAAAGAAACUGAUUAUCAGCAGCUGCCUAAUUGUUACACUAAUGAUCUAGCUUUAACAAAAGCAAAUUCUUUAUUUUUUAAAUGCAGUGGAUCUUUCAAAAAUUAAAAACUAAGCAAAGCAGCUUUAGCCUCGUAGUUAGAAAAUAUACUGUUUCUUCGGACUCAAGCUGAAAUACAAGCCUUACAUCGCCUUAUGCUUAAUUGGUUUAUAAUGUUUUUAUAAAU